GCUCUCUACAAAUUUCCCAGUCGUGGAAUAAUCACAGCAACGUGCUCGGCCUUAACGCAGGCCUUCGUAAUUACCCGACGUUGAUAGCUGAAUCGCCCUUCAGAAAUCACCUCACCCCACGCUGGCGCGAAACAAUCUAGGCCAGUAUAGCUUCGACGAACCGCGCGCGCAACUCUAGAUCUCCGCGACACCCGGAGACGGCUGACGCGAUGGCUCCCAGCGUGACUUCCUUUAGCACCCUUCGGGCUCGCACCUAUGUCCUCCGGCUACCGCUCUUCACAAGAAUCGUUCUCCUAAUCAUCGUUGCUGCCUGGGUUGCGGGCGUUCAGUCGGCCUGGGACAUGAGGCAAUGGGGCGCCUUGAUCCCUGACCAACUGUCCUUCAUAUCUUCGUACCGAAUGAACACAUUCCCCUUUAUCCACAAAAAUUUCAUCCACGCGAUUAUGAAUCUUCUAGCUUUGGCCCCUCUGAUGGAACGCUUCGAGGCGGAAUUCGGUACUCUGACCUCAAUAUCGCUCUUCAUCGGCCCUCUUACCACAAUUCCGGCUAUUCUAUAUGUUUUGAUCGAAAGAUUCCUCUUUAAGGGCAAUGUUGGAGUUAUGGGGGCUAGUAUAUGGGUCUUCUUGCUUCUCGGCAGGGAGGCGAUUCGAACCUAUAAGACGAAUCCUCAACUGACGAUUGCGACGUACUCGAUCCCCACAUGGACAACGCCCCUGAUCCUCAUCUUGGUGGUUACCGCUCUCGUCCCGGGCACAAGCUUAUUGGGCCACCUUUGCGGCGUGUUUGUUGGAUAUCUAUUUGGCCUCGGUUACCUCAAAUUUUUGAGUCCUCCCGAAAAGGCCCUGCGAUGGGUUGAAUCCAAGCUGAACCUGCUGGGCCGCCUGCCUCACUAUGUGAGUGUAGAUCAAAAGACCUAUGGUCGCUUUGGUGUCUUGCCCUCAAGCAGUCAUGCCGGCGGCGGCAGCGCCCCCAUUGCGCUUGUUGGCACCACGCAAAGACUUGGAUCCUGAGGUAUCCGCGUUUGAACCUGUACCACUAUAAUACUGCCCGGCAAGAUUGAAGGGCAUCUAGAUCGGAGUUUGGAGUUCUGAUUGCGAGAUGGAAAUGGCACAUGUACAGGAUGGGUAACGUUUGCCGUGUAGUACACUUCGCUUGUUUGUUGGCCAUGUGAUGGCGCUCAGCGCUAUCACAAUACAAAGGCUCGGUUUUAUCAAAAGGUAAAGCAUGUGAGUCAAUCGCACCUCGGUGGCAGUCUUGCAGUUGCGAAUAUCUAGAUUGCUAUCGCAUUAUCUUGAGGGAAUAACGAGAGGAAAUAAACAUCAUUAAUAAUUCAGAAGCCAGGAAUGCAGCCAGUUGAUUAGAUAAUACCCUAGGAGCGAAGCUGCAUCAGGCACAAUAACCAAGGAAUUGUCCUAU